AUGAUGGUGUACCACCUCGGAUCUGUUCUCUGUGCCGCAGCAGCAGUAAUGAGCACACCAACCGCGCAAACAGUGGUCGCUCAUGACUGCUAUUCGAAGCUUGUACCAGACAUUGAACCGCACGAAAUUUCCCUUGUUGUCCCGUUGGCCAACGUCAUUGCCACUGAUGGUCCGUCGUCCACACGGCAGUGGAACGGUGAUGCUACUGCCCGCAUCAACAUACUGAGCGAGAUUCCUGUUGCGGUUGUCCGGCCCACAUCACCAGCAGCCUCCACAAACUCAAUGGCAGUUUGUAGGCCCGUCGCCCCCAAACGCGCUUGCAAUAUCACAGUGGAUGGACCGAACGCCAAACCCAACAACGCGCACACCCAUGUACCCAAGCCUGCUCACAAGCUGACCAGGUACGAUUCGGCGGCGUUUGCUGGCGCGAGCGCUCUGAUUGGCGCUGCUCUCUUGUUCUGA